UAAUAAAUAAUAUUUUGACACAAAACAUAAACAGUUGCUAAAAAUAUAGGACAUGAAUUAUUAACUCUGGCUUACGAAUAUCGGAACCUAUCUAGAAAAACAUCAUCCACAAAUCAGACAACAGCGUGAAGCACUUAACUCCUUUGGACCCUCGACCAAUGUUGACCGCCUUAGUACUACCAAUCUCUUACCUGAACUGCAUCUGAGCCUCGGACAUACUCGUGUGCUUCCAUCUUCUUGGUCGGGGUCGUCUUCGUCCACCCACAACCGUGCGCCAGAGAGAGCUCUCCAUCGGCCUCCUGCUGGCUGGCUGGCUGGCACUGCCACUAUCUCUCUCUGAACGACCGGCAGCAACGCAGCUCGGCGGUGGAAACGAACGAGCCGAAUUUUUUCAGUCACAGUCACUGUCUGGCUCGCUUUGGGAACACAUCGUUUGGAGCGGAGCGUCCGCAGUCGCAGUAGCACUCGAAGUCCGCAACCGCAUCCACAUCUCAACAUCCGCAUCCGCAGCAUUUUCGAAUCUUUUGGAUCCAUUCGCAUCUGCAGAAAUCGAACCCAACCGAUACCGAUCGCGAUCGCGUCCGCGUCCGGUUACUUCAAUAUUGUGAACCAAACAAUAUAAUCGUCGGAUGGAAAUUUUGAAACAAAAAGUCUCUUUCGAAAUCAACUCGAAAAUUUUCGUUACAAUUUUGAAAUGGCAGACCAGUGUGUACGGAAGAAAAUAUAUAAAAUAUAUCGUUAGUGCUGUGUCUCAACCAACAACAAAGAAAGGAUAUCCGGAAUCAAAGAAAAUGCUGAAUUGUUAAUGCCAAUUGUUUAAAGUGUGCAAAAGUGCAACUCUUUCAACUUUAAUUUUAAAGUGCUUACAAAAAAAAAAAGGAUCGUAAAACUGAAAACAACGAAAAUAAACAUAAAACUAAGAUAUGAUAACCAUCUAAACUUGGGCAACUGUUUGCUGAGAUUGCUUCAAUGAAUCCGAGUUAUAUCGAGGAAGAGUCUGACAUGACAAGAAAGUCAUUGACGGUGAUAAGAUGCAUUAUCAGCGGGGAAGACGAAGAUGAAGAUCCACAGCAGUUAAAAUUAAAAUGUGUUAAACAAGUCUACGAUAUGAUAACCUAAUUUCCUGCCAGGAAAGGGGCAAAAAAAUAAAAAUACGAAAAUCAAAACCUGCACAGAGAGACUGUUUAAGUCAAAAAAAGAAGAAAUAAAGAAACGUAAACCGAUCGAAACGAAAGUAAAAGAUUUUUUAAACUGGGCGUUCAUGUGUCUCAACGAUAUUGAAGGGCGUGGCUUACGCCCAGUGAACUGACAAACAAUCUAUAAACAACACAGUGCGGGAAAAGCAGAAACAUCUGCCGGGGGGCUACAAAAAUUACAAACAUUCGGAGUACGACUCGUAGCCCUUGUGAACCUCGAAGUGGUGAUUUUUGAUGCGAAGAAACCUGCGCCUGGACUGGAGGGCCCUGGCGCUGCUGGGCGCCCUCCUCGCGUAUAUUAUCCCCUGGCCGGGAUUGGGCCAAGUGGGAGCCAUGCCCGCGCUAAUUGGGAAUCCAAUACCGGACAUGUCCAAUGCGAACAACAGCAAUCUGCUUAGUAAUAGUUAUCUACAAAGUGAUCAUAGUCGUAGUAGUUUAGUGCCGAGCGUAGUGAGUGAACGUAAUAGUGUAAAUCCACCCGAAAAUCAAAGUAUUAUUGCUGAAUUUAAUCCGAGCUUAACCAUCCAAUCAACUGCCCUAGAAACAUCCACAGAAAUCACACCCCAAUCCAAUACCAAUCAGCUGGAGGAGCCGAUGGGCUUUGUCAUAUCCGCGGUGCCGAGCGCUCACUUGGCUGUCCUGUCGCGUACCGAGCGCAGCAUUCGUCACCAGGAGCAUCAGCAGCAAAAGCAGCAGAAGCACCACCACCAUCAACAGCACCAGCCCACAUCGGCUGGCAAUAAUUUCAUUGGUUCGAAAUCGAAAAGACUGAGCAACUCUAGAAGUAAUCUACAAAUAAAUAGCAGUAGCAACAAUACACCCAUCAGCAAUCUGGACCGCAACGAGCGCUCCACCGUGGCCCAGUCUCACUUGGACUGGAACUCCCGCAAGAUCCAGUUGUUCGUCAACAGGCACAUCCUCCAGCUGAUGCGGAAUGGAACCGUGACAGGUACCCAGGAUGAGAACAAUGAAUUCACGAUUCUGCAGCGCUCCACCGUGGAUGUGGGUCGCAUCAAGCUCCAGAGUGUGGCAACCUGCUUGUAUCUGUGCAUGGACGCGUGUGGCAUAGCCUAUGGCUCGAAAGACUUCACCGACGACUGUGUCUUCAACGAGAACAUGGGUCUGCAGAACUACAACACCUACACCUCCACUUACAACUCGAAUUCGCUGCGCGUUUUCUAUUUGGCGCUGAACAAUCAGGGCGGACUCCGUCGGACACAGAUUCCGCCCGGACGGGCCCUGCAAAAGAUGACCAUAUACACCAAUGUGAUCACGGAGACGGUGGCCCAGGAGCGGGUCGAGCAGCUAAUUGCCAAGAACUUCGGGGCGAAUCGCGUCAAGCAUGGCGUGCGCCAACUCUGUGAUACGGGCAAGCCGCUGAUCGAGCUGAUCGAUGCGGAGAGUUUCAAGACGCCGCACACUUGCAACCCCAAGAGCGGCAGCGGCAGUGGCAAGGGCGGUAGCAAUAGCAGAAGCAGUAGCAAAAACGGCAGCAUCAGCAGUAGUAGCAGAAGUAGUAGUAGUCUCACUAGCAGUAGAAACGUUCCUGUGCCUGCGCUCAGACCCGGCAGCCUGAUUAGUAUUAGUAACAGUAGUCAAAGCGUGAGCGGCCAUAUUAGCAGUAGCAUUAGCAGUAGCACCACCAAUAGCAGUAACUCCACUAACUCCAGUAGCCCCACUGGCCACCACAAAAUCAAGGGCAACAAGAACAAAAAGAGGCGUCUGUGCAAGCCCAAUGAGAACGAGGAGCAACACCAUUGCCGCAAGCUGGGCCCCAAGGCUCAGAAGUGCAAGGAGCUGCGCGAGAAGGCGGCAGCUGAGGGCACCCCACCGCCCAAGUGUGGCAAGAAGAAUGGCCCUAGAAAAAAUCAGGGAGCCGACGUGGCUGAGGCCAAGGGUAUCCAGCAGCAGCGGCCCAAGCAGUUAGGAGGAGGCGGUAAAAGGAAGGCGCAGGGAAAGGCUGGAAAACAGCGUCAGGGAGGCCCAAAGAAACAUCAGCCGCAGAAUCCCCAACAAGCACAUCAUGCCAAGGGCUCCAAGCGAAGGCAACGUAAAAUGGAGCAGAGCAGCACCAGCUCCACCACCAUGGCCAGUAGCUUGGCCACUCCGGAAAGCCGCUGGGAGAGCAGUUCUCCCCUGCCCGCCCUGGCACUGAGCGAGACCAGUGAUCGGGUGGAGCGCAAUGUGCGCAUGAGCAGCGGGGAGGAGGAUCCCGAUCAAGAUCAAGACCAGGAUACCGGCGAAGGGGAUGAGGAGGCCGAGUCCCUGGAGGACGCCAGUUACGAGGAUGGCAGCUCCGAGGCCCAAGGACGCAGCGGUGCCUCAGGCGACGACUCGCUCUACUAUGAUUUCGGACUGUCGAUCCCCCGGCGAAUCCAUCCCCGCAAAACCCGAUGAAUAUCAAAUGUAUUACGACGGAGUCUCGAGUAUUUUAUAAGAACCUCUCCAGCGAACCCCCCUAUGGAGUGUAGUCACCAUCGAAAUGUAUAAUAUUAUAUAUAGCACGCCCAUCAAAUCAAAUAUUUAUGAUUAUGUAAAAUCGAAGCCAUAACCUUACACAACACGAAUGAUCUAAAAAGAGUCUAUGGAAAUACUUGAGUCUCUGUGGCCGAACUUUCACGUUCGAUCGACGAUGAAAAUACUCAAAAAUACGACCACACCAUACGAAACAAGAUGAAAACUUGCAAAGGGCUAUCCCCCAAACGUUAACGAAGCAAAGUCGAAUCCAUUUGUACAUAGAUACACGGUUUAGUCGUAAGAUACAUUUUUGUCUCUGCAUUGUCGAACCUCGCUGUCUCUCAGUGCGUAGUCUAAGCUCUGUAAAUCAAUAUAAAAUGCUAAUUUUUCACCCGGAAAAAUCGAGGCAAUCCUUAAGAUCCUUUGGUGGCGAAUCAACGGCAAAGUGAAAUAAAUUACAGAAAAUAGACAUAUGAAAAGAAAAGAAUAAACAAUGCAAAACACACAAAUCACAAGAUUGUAUUUUAAUUUACAUUUACUUAAUAAACUAACAAGUAAUCUUAAUUUAUUUGAUCAACGAGAGAUGAGCGUGAAAUUAUAGUUUGUAACUGUAUAAUUGAGUUAUUUAUUUAUUUGAAAAUAUUUAUUAUAAACUAUAAUUAAGUUGAUAGGCCCUAGACUAACAAAAAUUUGUUAUAACUUAAUGCAUAAAUCAAACAAUUUCCAGAUAUGUGAGUAAAUGAUCAAUAAGAAGAGCAUGAUAAAAAGCGAAAGCUGCUAAACUAAAAAAUAAAAUUAAAAAUAUAUUAAUAUCAAAUCAAGUUCUUUAGUUUAUAUGGUAAGAGGAGUAGAUCCAUAUGAAAAUUUUCUGGGAUUAUUCGCAUGGGAGAUGUUUUUUAUUUUGUACUAUUUUGCACGUUAAUUCAAUUUUGAUAAAAUUAUUUUUUGUUUGGCAUGGUUUUUUGAAUUGCAGUCUUAAAAUAUUCAGACCCAUAUUCUGCAAGGUUCAGUGGCCUCGCUGAUCCUGUGAUGAGGUCCUACGAUCGAACACCGAAUAAAAUAGAUCCACCUAUUAUUUAAUUUUCUCAUUCACUCAUUUUAUAUUGUUGGCAUGGUUUUUUUAUGAAUGCAGUUCCAAUAUCUUCUCUAUGUAAGUCGCUGUCCCCGAAACCCCCUCUAAAUAUUUCUGUGACCUUUACAGCCUUGUCUUGCUCAUCCCAUUGGUUUUGCUCCAGAUGCGAGUAAUCCUGUGACGAGAUCCAACUAAACACUGAGUAAUAUUGAACCACCGAUCCACACAACAAAGCUAAAGUUCCUGAGUUCUACCUUCUAAACUACCCACUAAAUAGAUUAAAACUAAUAAUUCUCGUAUUUAUAAUUUAAGACUGAAAAAGAAAAAAAGCGAGAUAGUAAGCAAAAACAGUUGUAAAUAAAUUGAAAUAUUUUAAG